CAGAGGUUGUGUCAGAUCAGAAUGCGGAGCAAUUAUCAUGUCUCCGCCGGGAAGUUUAUGUCUGACUAGUUUUAUAGUGUCAUCCCUUCCACCAUACUUAUUAUAAAUAAUUCAUCCUCUGUGCUCGUUCAUCCAUGUCUACCUCUACCAUGUCUUAUUUCCCUUUUCCACUGAGGCACGCUCUUUCUGAAGACGCGGCUGACAGCGAUGUCGAGUCCGAGUCUGACAGAUAUACCGACAUGUCUCUCGACGCGUUUACGCCCAGCGUGGCAAGCUCAAAGACUUCAGUAGAUGUUUCUAUGCGUUCUCAAUCCCCAGCGCCAUCAGUAUUCUCCGUAACAAGUUCUUUGCGAGCCCAAGCAUAUAGACAAGAAUACGGAAGAGGCUUAAACAACUAUUCAGAAGUCUACCGGUUACCGGCCGACGAUGAAGAACUCGACCGUUUGGACAGACAACAUGAUAUGUUUUGCAAAGCCAUCGGGAAAUACCCACCACCGAUGCCUGAAAUCAUGGUAGAUGAUGAGUUCGAGGUCAAAGCUGUCCUCGACCUUGGCUGUGGCAGUGGCAGUUGGAUAAUGGACAUUGCGAGAGAAUUCCCAAACGCAGGUGCGGUAGCUGUAGAUCUCGUUCCCAUGCAGUCAACAUCAAUGCCGCCAAACUGCAGAAGUGAAGUUGACGACAUUAAUCUCGGGCUCGAGCACUUUUAUGGUGACUUCAAUGUCGUCCAUGCUCAAUUAAUUUCUUCUGGAAUUCGGGAUUACCACGGGCUCAUUAACCACAUUGCGCACGUCCUCCGACCAGGCGGUCUGAUAGACAUUACUGAAUUUCCAUUCUACUUUACCGGCAUCGAUAAAAAGGCUAUCUGCCCACCAGCAGGCACAUUCGAACCGCCGUGGACACCUCUAUGGAUGUCUUAUGCGAACAGAGCCGUUCGUCAACGGGGCGGCGAUGCAGAUGCUUCUCUGCACAUGUAUCAAUGGGUGUGCGAUCACCCAGCAUUCGAGGAUGCCGUGUACCGCGAAUUCUGGAUACCGUGUUCGCCGUGGCUGAAGGGCAAUGACCCCAAUAGUCUCUGGUGGAAUGAUAUUGGGGCCACUAUGCGGGAUGAUGUCACAGCAUUCAUGAAAUCCGGUCGCCCUUUGCUCCUCGGCAGUGGGUUAGCGGAGGAUUUUGUGGAUCAACUGGAAAAUAACGCAGUGGCGGAAUUAAAAGAGGCAGUCACUCCCGUUUACGUGUGUAUACAAAACGUCUAUGCCCGCAAGAAACAUUGAUUCUGAUGCACAUUGGUCCUAUUUAUUACUCUGUUUUACUUACCCCCCCUGGCAUGUUUGGACUCGUGGGCAUCACACUAGAUUACUGUAUCAUGGGAUAUUUAUUUAUUACUCCAUACUCACUACCGUUCGAUACAUGCACUGACCACGCUUUCUUCAUGGCAUCACAAUCGCAACACGAUAUAUAUUUGACGUAGAUG